AUGCCAUCCGAGAGGUGCCUGAGCAUUCAGGAAAUGCUGACAGGUCAAAGGCUUUGUCAGUCCAGCUCCCAUAACAAUGCUGUCCUGGCAGCCCUGAACCAACAAAGAAGUGAUGGCAUACUUUGCGAUAUCACCCUUAUUGCUGAAGAGCAGAAAUUCCACGCACAUAAAGCAGUCCUGGCAGCCUGCAGUGACUACUUCCGAGCAAUGUUCAGUCUCUGCAUGGUUGAAAGCGAAGCUGAUGAGGUGAAUUUGCAUGGUGUCACAAGCCUUGGUUUAAAACAAGCCCUGGACUUUGCAUAUACUGGACAGAUCCUCUUGGAACCAGGGGUGAUACAGGAUGUCCUAGCAGCUGGGAGUCAUUUGCAGCUGCUGGAGCUUCUCAGUUUAUGUUCUCACUAUCUCAUUCAGGAAUUAAAUAGUUUUAAUUACUUGGACCUGUAUAAGCUCGCGGACCUCUUCAACCUCACUUUGUUGGAGAAUGCAGUGAUUGACUUCUUAGUAAAACAUCUCUCUGAGCUAUUGAAGAGUCAUCCUGAAGAAGUUCUGGCACUCCCAUACUGUCUCCUUCGAGAGGUUUUUAAAAGUGAUAGACUUACUUCACUCAGUGAAGAACAAAUCUGGCAGCUGGCUGUGAGGUGGUUGGAACACAACUGCCGCUACCAGUACAUGGAUGACCUUCUCCAGUAUGUCCGCUUUGGCCUUAUGGAUGUGGAUACACUGCAUACCGUAGCUCUUUCUCAUCCUCUUGUCCAAGCUAGUGAAACUGCGACCGCUCUUAUUAAUGAGGCCUUGGCUUACCACCAGAGCGUCUAUGCACAGCCAGUUUGGCAAACCAGAAGGACAAAACCUCGCUUCCAGUCAGACACACUUUACAUUAUUGGUGGGAAAAAACGUGAAAUCUGUAAAGUGAAGGAAUUGCGAUACUUCAAUCCAGUAGAUCAAGAGAACGUUCAUAUCGCAGGGAUUGCAAACUGGAGCGAGCUAGCGCCUAUGCCUGUAGGGAGAAGCCAUCACUGUGUUGCUGUCAUGGGAGACUUUCUUUUUGUAGCUGGUGGAGAGGCAGAGCACUCCACAGGGCGCACUUGUGCGGUAAGAACUGCCUGUCGAUACGACCCCCGCACUAACUCUUGGGCUGAGAUAGCUCCAAUGAAGAACUGUCGGGAACACUUUGUGCUGGGAGCAGUGGAUGAGUACCUCUAUGCAGUAGGGGGCAGAAAUGAAUUGCGACAAGUGUUACCUACAGUGGAACGCUAUUGCCCCAAGAAGAACAAGUGGACCUUUGUACAGUCCUUUGAUCGAUCGCUCUCAUGCCAUGCAGGAUAUGUGGUGGAUGGUCUUCUUUGGAUAUCAGGAGGAGUAACAAAUACUGCACAGUAUCAAAACAGGCUCAUGGUCUAUGAUCCUAAGCAGAAUAAGUGGUUAAGCCGUAGCCCGAUGUUGCAGAGGAGAGUGUAUCAUUCCAUGGCUGCUGUCCAAAGGAAACUUUACGUGUUAGGUGGGAAUGAUCUGGACUACAACAAUGAUCGGAUCCUGGUUCGGCAUAUAGACUCCUACAGCAUAGAUGCCGACCAGUGGACGCGUUGCAGCUUCAACAUGCUGACAGGUCAAAAUGAGUCUGGAGUCGCCGUCCACAAUGGUAGAAUAUAUUUAGUUGGCGGCUAUUCGAUUUGGACAAAUGAGCCUUUGGCAUGUAUCCAGGUGCUGGAUGUUAGCAAGGAAGGGAAGGAAGAGGUGUUCUAUGGCCCUACGCUCCCCUUCGCUUCCAACGGAAUAGCAGCAUGCUUUCUUCCAGCUCCUUAUUUCACGUGCCCCAACCUUCAGACUCUGCAAGUGCCUCACCACAGGAUCGGCACAAUGUGA